UUACCAUUCACCUGCAACAUGAUAGCUCAGCUGUGCGAGUGCCUUUUUGAAUUAUGGAAUGACUUGAAAAUGGGUUGGUAGAUUAUUAAUUUCAUGGCAGUUAUUUUAGGUGUUAAUUUGAGGCAAAACUGUUCAACAUGUCCGUGCAAAACAUAGAGCGUUAUCAUUUUCCAAGAUGUUGGUCUCUGGUUCCCCACUAGAUGGAGUUGCCCUACAUUUUCUUUAAGCUGAAGGGACUCGCUUCCGCAAUCCGCAUGCAAGCACUAACACAAAGCUAAUGUCAAGUGGAAGCAUUGUAGCAACGAUUUUUUUUUGCACAGCAGGUGCCUGUCCGAAGAAAAUAUUUAAUAUUGGGAUAGUAGUGACAGGUCGGCAGCAGCAUUCUGAAGCUUUUCUCCUGUACAGCAAUAACAAACUCGAGCUAUAUUUUAUAACAAAAGCAAGGUAGGCUACUGGUAUGUUUCACUGUGAGGUCUUUGCCUCUGUUUGGCUACAUUGUUGACCUUCAGGAUGGACCUAAAAGAAAAGACAGCUGCCAUAUUGAAGCAAUAUGAAGUCGGGAGCAGAUUCUCGUACUUGCCGGUCCUGCCCAAAGCCUCGGUGUUGAUACCGCUGUUUGUGAGGGACGGAGAGGUCCACAUGCUGAUGACUCUACGCUCCCAAGAGCUGAGGACCAACGCAGGUGAGGUGUGUUUCCCAGGUGGUAAGAGGGACCCGAGGGACAGGGACGAUGUGGACACGGCUCUGAGAGAGGCAGAGGAGGAGAUAGGCCUUCCUCCUGACCAGGUGGAUGUGGUCUGCACACUCUUCCCCAUUAUGAACAAGAGUGGUCUGUUGGUGACUCCAGUGGUGGGGUUCAUUGAGGCCUCAUUCUCUCCUCGCCCAAACCCAGCCGAGGUCAGCGCUGUGUUCACUGUCCCUCUGGAGUUCUUCACUAGAGAGAUAGACCACUCAUCCUACAGUGCGACUGGAAUUGCUGGCUUGCUCCACAGUUUCCAGUUUCCGGACCCUGAAUCAGGCAGCCACUAUCAGAUAUGGGGUCUGACUGCCAUUUUGGCUAUACUGGUCUCUGUCCUAGCCCUCAGAAAAAAGCCUGAGUUUGAGACUGGUUUUGAUUCUGAUGACCCGGUAUCUUUCUUCCAACACAAUCUGAACAAGAGGAUCAGUAAACUAUGACAUAUAUCAAUGUUUUUUAAAUAUUUUAACCAGAUAAUUAUAUAAUGCAAUGCAAUGAUGGUGAGAACAUAUUUUUCCCUAAAAUGUUGUAAAUGUAAUUGUUCUGCCAACUGUAAACGUGGAAUCAUGUGCAAUACCUAUAUUCUUUACGAAAAUUGAUUUUUUUUWAAACUUUGAAUGUAAUUUGUGAAUAUUGUAUAUUGGUGACAAUAAAAAAAAUAAAAAAGUA